GGAAAGAAUUCUAGAGGGUUCCAGUUCGCUCCAUUCAUCCAUUGUAUUGUUUGUAGGACAAAACAAAAGAAACGGUAAUUGCAAUUUGCAGGGGAUGGACGGCGUGGAUCUGGUGGAAGCUUCAAGAGCCAGGAUCUCUCAACCCUUUUUUCUGCUUCCAUCCUGCACGGCUGCCAGCCCUGAAUCCAUCUUUGUCAUAAACCUCUCCUCCGGCUCUCCCUAAACCCUGAUCCUCCCAUCUCCCUCGUUUCUCUUCUCUUCUCUUCUGGAUAAGAUGGCUUCAACCUUCUCUACCAUGUCCUCCGUCGCUGCCUUGUCUACCCGUAGCGGCCCCGCUAUGGACAAGAGACUACCUUCUCCUUCAAACAAGUUGUCUUCACUUGCAUCCGUUUCCGGGAGCUCAUUCGGGAGAAGACAAAAUGUUUUGUUGAGAAAUUCACGUUUGCCUAUGACUUGUAAGGCAGCCAAGGACUUGCAUUUCAACAAAGAUGGCUCGGCAAUUAAGAAGCUGCAGUCUGGUGUGAACAAGCUUGCUGACCUUGUUGGUGUUACUCUGGGACCUAAAGGCCGCAACGUUGUUCUAGAGAGCAAGUAUGGCUCGCCGAAGAUUGUUAAUGAUGGUGUAACUGUUGCCAAGGAGGUCGAAUUGGAGGAUCCAGUCGAGAACAUUGGUGCAAAGUUGGUAAGACAGGCUGCUGCUAAGACUAAUGACUUGGCUGGUGAUGGCACAACAACAUCUGUUGUCCUUGCACAAGGCCUUAUUGCUGAAGGUGUUAAGGUAGUGGCAGCUGGUGCAAACCCCGUGCUAAUCACUCGUGGCAUUGAAAAGACUACCAAGGCUCUUGUCAAUGAACUGAAGUCCAUUUCAAAAGAGGUUGAAGACAGCGAACUAGCUGAUGUUGCUGCUGUUAGUGCUGGCAACAACUAUGAAGUAGGGAAUAUGAUUGCUGAAGCAAUGAGCAAAGUUGGUCGAAAGGGAGUUGUGACUUUGGAAGAAGGGAAAAGUGCAGAAAACAAUCUCUACGUUGUUGAGGGAAUGCAGUUUGACCGGGGUUAUAUCUCACCUUACUUUGUAACCGAUAGUGAGAAAAUGUCAGUUGAAUAUGAUAACUGCAAGCUGCUUCUUGUUGAUAAGAAAAUAAGCAAUGCGAGGGAUCUUGUUAACAUACUGGAAGAUGCAAUCAGAAGCGGAUUCCCGAUCGUGAUAGUCGCUGAAGAUAUCGAACAGGAGGCUCUUGCGACGCUUGUGGUGAACAAGCUUAGAGGAGCACUUAAGAUUGCUGCUCUGAAAGCUCCUGGGUUUGGAGAGAGGAAGAGCCAGUAUCUUGACGAUAUUGCUAUUCUUACUGGAGGAACUGUUAUCAGAGAGGAGGUGGGCCUUUCAUUGGACAAAGUUGGCAAGGAGGUCCUAGGAACUGCUUCGAAGAUUGUCCUUACUAAGGAUACUACGACAAUUGUUGGGGAUGGGAGCACCCAGGAAGCAGUAAACAAGAGAGUUGCUCAAAUUAGAAAUCUCAUCGAGGCUGCGGACCAAGAUUAUGAGAGGGAAAAACUUAACGAGAGAAUUGCAAAGCUGUCUGGUGGUGUUGCAGUGAUCCAGGUUGGAGCGCAAACUGAGACGGAGCUGAAAGAGAAGAAAUUGAGGGUUGAAGAUGCUUUGAAUGCGACUAAGGCAGCAGUGGAGGAAGGUAUUGUAGUUGGUGGUGGAUGCACUUUGCUCAGACUUGCAUCUAAAGUAGAUGCUAUUAAGGACAGCCUUGAAAAUGAUGAAGAAAAGGUUGGAGCUGAUAUCGUGAAGAGAGCUCUGAGUUACCCUUUGAAACUUAUCGCCAAAAAUGCAGGAGUCAAUGGCAGUGUAGUGAGCGAGAAGGUGCUAUCAAGUGACAAUCCUAAGUAUGGGUACAAUGCUGCAACUGGAAAGUAUGAAGAUCUAAUGGCGGCUGGAAUCAUUGACCCGACCAAGGUGGUGAGGUGCUGCCUCGAACAUGCCGCCUCCGUGGCCAAGACGUUCUUGAUGUCGGACUGUGUAGUGGUUGAGAUCAAGGAACCCGAGCCAGUGGCUGCCGGCAACCCCAUGGACAAUUCAGGCUAUGGGUACUGAUGAUAGUAGGAGAUCCGGUUAGAGGAAAAAGAAGCAAGAGCAGAGAACAAUAAGUGGCACUGUAGGGGGGGUGGACCGAGGUAGUUUGGCGCUUCUAUGAAUGUACAUUUUAUGAUAUAUUUUAUUGCAGUGGCGGCAGAGUAGUGUCCGGUGUAAGAGCAUCUCCAAUGGUGCAAAUGGAGGGAGUUGCAAGUUGAGGUGGCAUCUAUGUGCAAUUGAAAAAGUGGAUGACAUUGAUGCAAAACCACUUUCAAGUGGUGAAAAUUUACACACCAUGAAAAUCUGACAUGGAAUUGCAAGUGGGUCCUUAGUUGGUUUUUGUUUUUCUUUCUUCUUUUCCCAAUAUUUUGUGUGGUAUUAAAAUGUAAGUGGGACCUAGAAUUGCAAUUGCAUUUGAAUGACAUUGAUGUAGCUAUAUGAAAUUGAUGAGUGAAGUAAUUGCUAGAGUUGUUUAGGUGGAAGUAGGGACCACAAAAGUGAAGAAUGAUUGCAUUGUUGGAGAUGCUCUAAGAGCUACUAUUUCAUUUUUUGUCGGCUAGCGAGGGACUACUAGAAUUGACGGGCCGAUCUGAAAAGUGAAGAGAGCUACUACACGAAACCCUUCCCAUCCCUUCACCGCAAUCACAAGCAACCCUUUCAUAGUGUCUCAUCCCAUCCUCUCACCAUUUCAAGCUGUAGACUCUUCCCUACACGCAACCACCUAUAUCCUCACCUUACUCCUUUGAAAUUAGAGAAGACCCCUAUUCUCUGGUUCUAUCAUUCCUUUUCAAUUUCAGCGGCACCUCCUCUUCCUACACCCAAUUCUUCUGGCCACCUCACCACCUUGAACUACACCAUCCUUUUGAAGCUAGCAUGGACAGAUGGAGACCCUAGGCGCUCCGGUGGAUUCUCCAAGUUAUCGACAAUGUGGACGAACGAAAUCGCGGGUAGACUUCGUCUCAUCUUGGGCCGUGAUGACUGGAUUCGUGGAAGAGCUCGGUAUUUUUAAGUUCACGAUACAUAUAUCAUCCAAUCUGGGUACUAAAUGGGAAGAGCUGCAGGAUCAUACCAGCAACAAUACGCGAACAGCGCUUUGGAAGCCGAUAAACAACGAUCCUUUCGCCGUAUACAGAGCCCGCAUUCCCACCGUCAAUCAAUGAAAAAAGCACAAAUCUUACGACUUUUCAGGGUUCCUAGCUCCCAAUUCCAUCACCUCUCCAGUAUCAAACUGCAAAGGAGACGUAAGAGGAGUUCGAGCUGGCAUUCAGUUCGUUCUCCAUAGAACUCCGAAGCAGUAGUACACCGACAGGAGGGUAUGGAUACAGGAUGAUGCCGAGGAAGAAGACGGUUGUCAUGAUCUCGAUUGUGAGGUCCGAAUGAAAGGAAUUGCUAAAUAUCGCGCCUGAAAAAAGAAAUGUUAGGGAAGUUGCUGGGAUUACAACAACAUUUGCAGGGCCAUUCGUGGUUAUGCUGCAGCUUAAGAGAGAAUGGGUGGAGUUAUGUAUUCCAAAUAAGCUCCGAGACACAGAGAUUCCGGGGUCAGCUUUUGAGGUCAUUACCCUCUGGGACCCACUCGCCUUUGCCAUUGCAUCCACCUGCCACUGCAGAUCAGACCUCUUAUGUCCAAAUGGUGUUGCACUGUAGAAGUUGGCAUUUAAUUUCUUGCCGCAUUUGAACCCCUGUUAUAUGCUUAUCUGGUUGGUACAUGUAAGAGCACCGAUCGUGUUUUGGCUUGCAUCCAAUGGCGCCGCAAGUUGGGACCUUAUUUCACUUGCACAUUAUGUUUGGUUUAUAUCAGUACUCUUGAAUUAUCUAAAUCAUUAUGCUCAUGUAAUAUGAAUGUUGUGACAUGUCUUUCUUUCAGCCAUGGAAAAUGAUGUUAAGUUUCUAA